UUAUCAUCAGAUAUCGAGUUUCAACAUCCUAUAUAAAUCGUAAUUUCCACUAGAUUUUUCAAAUUGUAUACAGAUAAUCGUACAAUAAUGCUCAUCAAGUGUCUAUUGGCUACUAUUCUCGUAAUCAAGGCCUGUUUGGCCAACCCCUUGGAACCCCGUAUCACGGAUGGCGUCCCCGCCGCUCGUGGUGAAUUCCCAUACCAAGUUUCUGUCCAAUGGGGAAUCCCACCUUUAACUCAAUACAGCCACUCGUGUGGUGGAUCCAUCCUGAACGAAAGAUACGUUCUGACCGCUGGACACUGUGUUAUGAAAGUUGGAAAGUCUAGAGUCAUUGCCGGCAAAUACGAGCUGAACAAAGCUGAAUCUUCUCAACAAGUCGUUGACGUGCAGAAGAGCAUCGUUCACAAAGGGUACAAAGGUGGCGUUGCGCAACACGACAUCGCUCUUCUCGUCCUGAGCUCCCCCUUGAAAUUCAACAACUUGGUACAACCCAUUACCCUGCCCAAACAAGGAGAGAAACAAACUGGACAAGCUGUUCUCUCUGGAUGGGGAUCAACCUCUAAAACAGUAAAACCAACUUUACCAAACAUCCUUCAAAAGGCUAAUGUACCUAUCCUGGACAACGCUGAAUGCUUGAAAGAACUCACUUCCCAACCCGUUGUUGGAAACCAACCUGAAUUGUUCGACACUCAAGUCUGCAGUGGUAUCGCUGGUAAAGAGGUGUCUGCCUGUUCCGGUGACUCUGGCGGCCCACUCGCCCAAAAGGUGGGCCAAAAAUCUGUACAAGUUGGUAUCGUUUCAUGGGGUAUGAUGCCCUGUGGAUCAUCCCACAUGCCCUCUGUAUAUACUCGUGUGGCCUCCUACGUAGACUGGAUCCAUGAAAAUAUGUCUUCAAAGCCCUAUCGUGGCUUCAGAAUACCGUUAUUGGAGACUCGCAUAGUCGGAGGAAACGAGGCUAGACAAGGACAAUACCCAUGGCAAGUUUCUUUGCAAUGGGGAUGGUUGUCCGCUACCUCUCACUUCUGCGGUGGUUCCAUUUUAUCCGACCGAUGGAUAAUCACGGCUGGACACUGUGCCCGGGCUAUUCCGAGCUACGGUGAUUUCAUAGUCAAAGCCGGAAAGCACGACUUGAAAGUAGUAGAAAGCACCGAGCAAAGUAUCGCGGUUAAGAGUAUAUUCGUGCACAAUAAAUACACAGGAAACGUGGCUCCCUACGAUAUUGCGCUACUGAAACUGAAGAAACCUUUGAAAUUGGGUGGUGCUGUUCAAGCGAUUAAUCUUCCAAGUAUGCCAUCGAACACAACCGGAAACGCGACUUUGACUGGUUGGGGAUCGAUAUCGAGGACCAAUACCCCGUUAAUGCCCAGCAAACUUCAAACCGUCGAUUUGCCGUUAAUCAAUCUGAAUACUUGCAAACAAGCCAUAGAAGAACUUACUGGUCCAUCACCAUUGCACGAGACUAACAUUUGCACUGGACCGCUCACCGGUGGUUUCUCCGCGUGUAACGAAGGAAGAAAUGAGUUCCAGUUCCUCUUCGAUAUGCUCUUCCGCGAUUGCUUUCGCCUUCUAGAAGACUCGUCAUUCGAUCUCGAUUCCUCGGUGAUGAAACAGUUCCACGAAAUGACGAUUAAUCGCGUUCACGGUAAAUUGUUAUUAAUUCUUCGCGUAAUGAGUCUGGCGUGGUGUGGACAAGUUGACGAGAUGAUCUCGAGCAUAGCGAUGUUGGCGCAAAGACCAACGAGGAUCGUCGGAGGGAAGGACGCGCAGAAAGGGUUGCACCCUUGGCAGGUGUCGGUGCAGUGGGGCGAUCCAGCGAGAAAAAUUCCAACGAAACACAUUUGCGGAGGUAGUUUAAUAACAGCGGGAUGGAUAUUGACAGCUGGCCAUUGCAAAACUCUGUCACCACCUAUGGGAGAAUUUCGAAUACUCGCCGGCAAGUACAAAUUGAAAACGAUCGAGGAGACCGAACAGGAGAGAUUGGUGAACAGGGUGUUCGUUCAUCCACGAUACAAAGGGCGCGUAGGGCCGUACGAUAUUGCGUUGAUGAAAGUGGAACGACCAUUCGAGUUGAAUCUUUUCGUUUCCACCGUUUCUUUGCCGUAUCCCGAUACGAUUCCCGUUGGAGACGCUAUGCUGACUGGAUGGGGUAGUAUUGGAAGGAGCCAGGCUCACGAAUCGCCGGAGAAUCUUCAAGCAGCCAUACUCCCGAUAAUUAAUUACCAAUUGUGCAACAAGAUAAUUACGAAAAGUUUAAAACCGAAAGAAAAGAAUCCUCUUCAUCCGACGAAUGUCUGCACUGGCCCUUUGGACGGCAGUUUGGCAGCUUGCAAAGGUGACUCGGGGGGUCCUUUAGUCACGAAGAAUGGUUUCGGUGAAGCGGAGGUGGUGGGAAUAGUUUCGUGGGGUUUGUUCCCUUGCGGAAGGAAGAACGCACCCUCCGUCUACACGAGAGUUUCCGCCUUCAUCACGUGGAUCGCCAUAAUCAUGUUAAAUUAUUCGUAAAAAAUCGAUUACGAAUAAGGAUAAGAAUUACCUCAAGAAUCAUUGUCAACGCUUGUCUGUUUUUUUAUUCAAUAAAUAAUUUCCGUUUUCGCUCA